GAGAGAGAGAGAGAGAGGGGCAGAACAAGAAGAAAAGUAUUGCAGUUUGCCAUCCAGAGCUGCUUUUAACGAAUUUCAUUGAAGCUGGAUAUUCAAGGAGGAAAGACAGACAUUGACAGCUGAAGUUCUUGUUGUAUGAAUUACACAGUAGGACAUCUAUUCAACAUGAUUUGUUGCAGAAACCAAGUCACAGAAAGUGAAGAGGAAGGACUACCGUUCAGCAUCACUUACUGUUGGAAUCAAGGAGAGGACCACUCCGAUUUCUGGAGGAAUGACCUCCUAAAUGGACAAGUUCUUAUGGUGCUGACGGCUCACAAGCCUUGUGGAUCUCCUCCUUUCAACAUGAAUUUUUGGGAAGACAAACUGAAGACUUUGGGAAUAGAGGUGACCGCUGAGCAAUGGGAAACUUUGAUUCAACAAGCCGUGCUGGAGCCAGAAAUGAGAACCUACAUAUCGUAUAACUCCAGAGGGCUAAGGACAGCCCUUGCUGCAAUUGUCUAUGUGACUCUCUGGGUCAAUCUUUAUUCCAUCCUGCAAAUCUUUUCUGUAGGACAGUCUUGGAAAGUUGGUAUUUUGAUUACUCUGGUUGCCCUGGUGGUUGCUGUGAUCAUCCAAGUCAUAAUUUGCCACUAUCAAAGAAAGGUAAGAA